AGUACGCUCGAACGUCGUCAGAAAUACGUGCUCAAUGUGAAUAAUAAAAGUAAUGUAUAUUUUAUGAUUCCUAAUAGUACACAAUUUUAAUCUUUCUAGUUUAUUUAUUAAAGCAAUAUUUUUAGUUUACUAUUUUUUUGAAACAAUUGAUUAACGUCUGUAUUAUAAUUAUAUCAAUUAGUAAUAACGUGUGAUCGUAAGAAAAAUUAAGUCAUAUAGGAAGGAACGUUCCCGAACGUUGAAUAUUGACAAGAUUUCUUGAAUAAAUAUCUUCCUCAUUUUUAAUAAAAAAAUAUCGUACACAUAGAAAUGUCAAAAGAGCAUGAAUUACCUUCUGAUUCUGACGACGACGAUGAAGAUUAUGUUCCUGAUGGAGCUGAUAAUGAACCUGUAUCUGAAGCAGAUUCAGAAGGUGAAGUAGAAAGUGGACCUGAGGAUGAAAACGAUGAGAAUAAGAGAGAAACUGAUAAAACGAUAAGCAGAAAGAGAGGGAAACAGACUGUUAAAGAUAAAAGUACAAAGCGUAAGAAAAGAAUAAAAAGAAAAUUAAAAGAGUCAGAUGAUUCGAAAGAAGAAGAGGAUGAAAACAAAUCUGAGACAGCGGAGAAGAAAGAACUUACAGAAGAAGAAGAAAAGAAAAGAGCGGAUUCCUUGUGGGCAGAUUUUAUGAAGGAUACCGCUGUAGCUUCGAAACCCAAACAGCCAAUCUCAACGAAUGGACCGAAAGAAAAAUCUUCUGCUUUAAUUAAACCCAAAGCGGAGGAAAAAGUAAAGAUAACAAAAAUCUUUGAAUUUGCUGGCGAAGAGGUAAAAAUAGAGAAAGAGGUGUCGGUAGAUUCUGCAGAAGCUAGACUAUCCUUACCAUCCGCUGAAUAUUCUACGAAAACAGAUGCAUGUACCUCUCCUGCUGGAAGAGGUAGAGGAAGAGGAGUUAUUAAAAGGGGUGGGUUGGGAGGUAUUUCUUCUGUUUUGGGGCAGAUUGGAAAGAAAGCUAAGAUUAGUACAUUGGAAAAGUCUAAGCUUGAUUGGGACAAUUACAAAAAGCAGGAAAAUAUAGAGGAAGAAAUUGUAAAUCAUAAUAGGGGAAAGGAUGGGUAUUUAGAGAGACAAGAUUUUCUUCAAAGAGCAGAUCUACGACAAUUUGAGAUUGAAAAAAAAUUACGUAAUACUAGUAGACGCAGUACACGAUAAGUCAAUGGUACGAUGAGAUAAAAAAAAAACAUGGAAAGAAAACAAAAGUAAUGAAUUCCAAUAUUCUCAGCUUGCCAUUGUCAGGUACCAAUUAUACGCAUUUAGCUUAAACAAUUACUGUGUUUAUGGGAAAUAUCGUCGUAUUUCGUUUAAUUAAUAAGAAAAAUUUGCCUCGCUUGGCUUGCCAAUCAGCUAAAUCAGUUUUAUGGUAGCGAUUGACAACCACAUUUUUUAAAAGAGACUGAUCAUUCCACUGUAUCGAGACUAAUUCUAUAUGUAUCGUGUAAUAGUUUAAUUUACUUUUUGCGAGCAUAUGUCUCGUUCUGUCGUAUCAUUACAGAACUUCGCAUCGAAGCAGGAUACUUGAAGCUUGAUGCUUCUCUUACCAAUUAUAUUCAAGUGAUACACAAGCUUCAAAUUGUUUUACCCAAGUGUAAUACAAUACAUACAAUAGUUCAACAAGGUAAUGUAAAUAACAGUUGGCAUUAUAGAAAAUAUCACAAAAUUACUUAGUAUCAGGAAAAAUGAUGCGUGCAUAUAUGGUAGAGUAUGAACCAUAAAUAUACUUAUUUGUAUCUGAUAUUGAUUUAUUGGACUAUCACGAUCACUGCCUCUGGCGAGUCAUGAAGAGUACGUUAUUUUAUUUAUAGAUAAUCAUUAUAUGUGUAUAUAGAAUCACAAGAUACGUUAUGAAACAUAGUUACAUUUAUCACAGCUACUUUUAUGUUUUAUAUGAUCUGCUAAAACGUACAGACUUUAUUUGAUUUUUAAUUAAUAGGACAAAAGCAGAGAAGACGGUCUAAUGACAUAAGUAGUUUAUAUAUAGUGGAUAUAAAAAAGUAUUUACACACCUUAUUUUGCAUCCGAUCAAAAAUUCACUGAUUAAUGACUUUUUCUUUGCAGUUCUAUCAUAUAAGUUAGCAUUAUGAAAAACAUUUACACAAACGAUUUAAUUAUUGGAUAUUUCGUUCAGAAUUUGUCGUUGAUCACUUUGAGAAAGUAUUUUUGAGUGCUUUGAUUUUUAAAAAUUUUUUUUAGUACCAGUUUCAGUUUGUCUUUUGAUAAUAUAUGUAGUACAGAUAAAUUAUCAUUAUAUAUUGAACCAAAAAAGUAUAGUAUAAUCAUUUUAAAACUUUGUACAUUCGAGACAAGUGAUUCUUUCAUUUAUUCUUUUGUUAGUAACAUUAUUAGAAGAAAGCGAGGUAUGCAAAUACUUUUUUAUCCACUGUAUGACAUGUUUAGCAACAUGGAUUCCGAUUAAAACUUAAUUUCAAUUUUUCAUGUAACUCAGGUCAUAGUUUCUUAAAUGUAUUAACUUUGCGAUAUAUUAUCGCAUUAUUAUGCGUCAAAAUACUUUAUGUUUGUGGACUUAUUAACGUUAUGCAAUAAAGAUAAAGAAUAAACAUUCUCUGUCAGCGAUCUAUCGAAAG